AUGGUGAAACUGGGGAGCAAUUUGAAUGACAAGAACAAGCAGCAACCGUCCAGUGAGGAUGGUUUUCAGACAGUUCCAUUGAUAACACCCUUGGAAGUAAACCACCUGCAGUUCCCAGCACCAGAAAAGGUGAUUGUGAAAACAAGAACAGAAUAUCAACCAGACCAGAAGAACAAAGGAAAACUCAGAGUGCCCAAAAUUGCUGAAUUCACAGUCAGUUUCACUGAUGGUGUAACAGAAAGAUUAAAGGUCACGAUUCUCAUAAGUUUGGCUCUUGCAUUCCUCGCCUGCAUAGUGUUUCUUGUGGUAUACAAAGCUUUUACCUAUGACCACAGUUGCCCAGAUGGAUUUGUUUAUAAGCAUAAACGAUGCAUCCCAGCCUCCCUGGACGCCUACUAUUCAGCUCAGGAUUCCAAUUCCAGGGGAAGAUUCUACACUGUCAUCAGCCAUUACAGCAUGGCUAAGCAAACCAGCUCACGAUCCGUCUCUCCCUGGCUUUCUUCGGGAUCGGUAAAUCAUGAAGCCAAGGCCACCAAGACAGAAGGCCAUUAA